AUGUGCUCCAUCGGACUCACGCUGUACGCCGUGACGUCCUGUCUAUUCAGCUGGGCGAUAUGCGACCCAGGACCUCCGGCUUAUGUUCCUAAGCGCAUGAGAGGAACCAAACCAAUCAAGAGGUGGUUUCGGGCGAAGAAGAAAUUGAUUUGCUCGGAAAUGGGGCGAUGUCUCGCUCAGGUCGUGACGGUCGUCUCCGUCAUGAUUUGCCUCGGAGAUCUGGCCAUCCACGACGCUGCUAGCCAUCGCGAGUCGUUGGACGAUGAGGACGAUCCGGAAGGACCUUACAACGAGGCAGCCAAAAAGGGAGCAAGGAAGGCACCGGUCACGCUCUGGGACAUGAUGAUCGAUGGGCUCCCACCAGGACCAACCAAGUUUGAGCUGUUCAUGAGGUUCCUCAAUGCUCUGAAGGGCGGUCUGGCGAUGUCGGUCAAGGAGCGAAGUCCCUUAGUCGCGUAUCAGCUGGUCAUGAUGUCCCUGAAUGGCUCGUUCAACAACAGCACAUCCGAUCAUCAGUUUGACACAGAUUCAGUGUUGAUAGCAAUCGACAACUGUUCGUCCAGGUGCAUCACCAACUGCAUGCUUGAUUUCAUCGACAAGCCAGUAGCAGUCAAGAUAUCAGUCCAAGGAAUAGGCGGAUCAGUCAUGGCAACAUACAAGGGAACAGUGAGGUGGUCGAUCGAGGAUGAGCAAGGCAAGGUGCAUCAUUUCACCAUCCCAAACACGUACUACAACGCAUCCACUCCCUACCGUCUCCUUUCUCCACAGCAUUGGGCAGCAGUCGCGGAUGACAACACCCCAAAGCGUCGAGGAACUUGCGAUCGUCUGGUCAGCCCCAUCGUUUACCAAGCUGCACGCAUUUUGCUCGCAAGUCCGUGA